CACGAAAAAAAAUAAGCGAAUUGUGUUACUCCUUCCACACCACACUUUAAACAAUUCAAUAAUUGAUUCUUUUUUGUUUCACUAAAAACUCUGGAAAUAAUAACCUUUGUAAAAUUAGAAAAAUGUUAAUGAACAAAACUAAUAGUAGAAAACUUGUUGGAAAUUUGAAAAAGGUCAACAAGUGUUUUGUAACAAGUCAAACUUGUCGUAAAUUUACCAGUUUACCACCACAAAGUGACAUUGAAUAUACAACUCAACAACAAGCUAAAAUUUAUGAAAGAAUGAAAUCAGGUAAAGAUAAAUUGACCUAUGCUCAGAAAAUUCUUCAAUCUCACCUCUUCAAUGAAAGUGAAACACUGCAAAGUGUAAAGGAAAGUUAUUUGAAUUUUAAACCAGAUCGUGUUGCUUUACAAGAUGCUUCAGCACAAACAGCAAUUCUCCAAUUUAUGAUUACUGGAAUGGAUAAAACAGCUGUUCCUACAAGUGUCCAUUGUGACCAUUUAAUUGUUGGUGAGGGAUCUCUCGAUAUUAAAAGUGAUAAACCAACACUUGCUAAAAGAGAUGUUGAAAAAGCAUUCCAAGAAAGUGGUGAAGUUUUUAACUUUUUAGAAUCUUCCUCUCAGAGAUAUGGAAUUGGAUUUUGGAAACCAGGAAGUGGCAUUAUUCACCAAAUUGUAUUGGAAAAUUAUGCAUUCCCAGGUGGUAUGAUGAUUGGUUGUGAUUCACACACUCCAAAUGGAGGUGGUUUGGGAAUGGUUGCAAUUGGUGUUGGUGGUGCUGAUGCAGUUGAUGUUAUGAGUGGAAUUCCUUGGGAACUGAAAAGACCAAAGAUUUUGGGUGUUAAAUUAACUGGAAAAUUGAAUGAAUGGGCAAGUGCUAAAGAUGUCAUUUUGAAAUUGGCAGGUAAAUUAACUGUCAAGGGAGGUACUGGUUAUAUUAUUGAAUAUUUUGGAGAAGGUGUUGAAUCUUUAUCUUGUACUGGUAUGGCAACUAUUUGUAAUAUGGGUGCUGAAGUUGGUGCAACUUGCAGUAUUUUCCCUUACACUCAAGCCAUGUCAAGAUAUUUACGUGCCACUAAUCGUGGUAAAAUUGCUGAAAACGCUGAUCGUUAUGCUCAAGUUUUGAAAGCUGAUGAAGGUGCAAAGUAUGAUGAAAUUAUUGAAAUUAAUUUGAAUGAAUUGCAACCAAUGCUUAAUGGUCCAGCAACACCUGACAGAAGUCAUGCAAUUUCUGAAUUUUCUAAGAGUAUUAAGGAAAAUGAUUGGGCACCUGAAUUGAGUGCUGCAUUGAUUGGUUCUUGUACAAAUUCAAGUUAUCAAGAUUAUACAUGUGCUGCAUCUAUUGCUAAACAAGCAAUUGCACAUGGAUUGAAAUGUAAAUCUGAUUUAUUCAUUUCACCUGGUUCAGAACAAAUCUUUGCAACCAUGAAGAGAGAUGGUUUGUUAGAUAUUUUUGAACAAGUUGGAGGAAAGGUUUUGGCCAAUGCUUGUGGACCAUGUAUUGGACAAUGGAAUAGAACUGAUAAGCAAGGUGAAAAGAAUUCAAUUGUUUCAUCAUUUAAUAGAAACUUUAGUGGAAGAAAUGAUGGUAAUUUACUGACUAGUCACUUUUUAACAUCACCAAUGCUUGUAAUGGCUAUGGCAUUUGCUGGUAGAAUUGAUUUUAAUCCAAUUACUGAUUCUUUGGUUGGAUCAGAUGGAAAGGAAUUCAAAUUCCAACCUCCACAAAGUGAUGAAUUGCCAGCUAAGGGUUAUGAAAAGGUUGAUGGUGGAUAUUUGGAACCUCUCACUAAUAUUGAACAAGCAAAAAAGAUUGAUGUUAACGUUGAUCCAAAGAGUAAUCGUUUACAAAUUUUGGAACCUUGGAAUGCAUGGGAUGGAAAGGACUUUAUUGAACUUCCUGUUUUAAUUAAGGUUGCAGGUAAAUGUACAACUGAUCACAUCUCACCAGCAGGUAAAUGGCUUAAUUAUAAGGGUCACUUGGAAAAUAUCAGUAAUUGUACUCUAAUUGGUGCUGUUAAUGCCAUGAAUGGAAAGAUUAAUAAGGUUAAGAAUGUUUUCAAUGGAAAGGAAGAUACAGUUCCAGAAGUUGCCAAGAGUUAUCAAAGAGAAUAUAAGAAAUCAUGGAUUGCUAUUGGUGAUUCAAACUAUGGUGAAGGAAGUGCUCGUGAACAUGCUGCCUUACAACCACGUUUCUUGGGAUGUGUUGCUGUCAUUACAAGAAGUUUCGCUCGUAUCCAUGAAACUAAUCUUAAAAAGCAAGGUAUUUUGCCAUUAACUUUUGUCAAUCCAAAUGAUUAUGAUUUGAUUAAUCCAGAAACUGAUUUAAUUUCAGUUAUUGGUGUUGAAAACUUAAAGCCAAAUUCUCCACUCACUUUAACUGUAAAAGGAAAGCCAGAAAUUCAAAUUCCACUUCAACACACAAUGAAUAAUGCUCAAAUUGAAUGGUUCAGAGCUGGUUCUGCUUUAAAUUGGAUCAGAGAUCAAUUAAAUAAAUAAAUUAGUCACUCAAUAUUGACUUUAUUUCAAU